AAAGAGCAAGUAAGCGGACGGGCACAGCACAUUCUCCUCCCACCAUCUGUGCUUUCUCCUCUUGCUUACGGACCAUUUGUUAGAGACAACGUCAGCACGUCAGCCUGCGAUUUCGGACUUGACCCCGGGGACUGAAGCGGCUGAGGGCAGGUGCCUUGCCUGGGGGAGCUGGUGAGAAGAGAUGGGGUGCUGCAGCAUAAGUGCCCGGCGAGCUGCAUUGGCAGGGACAUGCCAGGAUGAGAUGGAGCUGCUGGAAAUAGGGGGUAGCAGAAAAUGGUCCAUUUCAGAAGCUCAGAGUGAAGGCUCCGUCCAUCUCAGGGACCCCGUGACCGCGACAGAGACUGCGACAGAGACAGGAGGUGCAGAAGUCCUGUGGGGGAGAACACGGGAGGAACUAAGGAACUUCCUAUUCACACAGCCCAUCACUGGCUGGGAAGGGAGGAGCAUCCACUCCCUUGGGGAAAUAGUAUGGUCCUCACUGGUUCUGAUGCGCAGCUGUCACAUGAAGGAGAUGUCUGAACGGUACAUUGUGCUGUUCCCCUUCCAGCUGUUGAUUCUAUCAGUGGAUCACAUGAAGAAGGCGUUUAUCUACCAGGGCCUGCUUCCGCUGGCAGGGAUGAACGUGAGGGAUGUGCCGAGUGACACUGGCUGCAUGUUUGAAAUGACGGGGCCCAUGAUAGAAUCCAGGAUCAUCUCAUGCCUGAGUCCAGCUGAAUUCCACAUCUGGGUUCUCAGCAUCCAGCAGCACAUCAAGAUGGCAAAUGCUCACUGUCCAGCCCACCCCAGCAAUAUCAUUUCUUUCCUGGUUCCAUGUGAUGAGCAGUGGAAGAAACGGAAGCUGAUGAAGCAUCUGUUUUACACCACCAUUCUGAAGUGGGAAGGGAAACCCAUCCAGCACCUAGGACAGAUACACUACCUGGCCAUGGUGCAAGUGGCUUAUGCCAGCACGGGGGACUUUAAAGAGAGGCUGCUGGUGCUGUUUCCAGAGGAUCUGGUUUUCCUCUCCAUAGACAGAGAGAGAACUGGCAUUGCAUAUGAGGGAAAACUCCCUCUAGCUGGGAUCCAAGCAAAGGAGAAAUCUGCUGUGCUGGGGCGGCUGGAAUUUGAAAUCAUAGGAAGCCUGACGGAACCGAUCCUGGUCAGCUGCUCCACUGCUGAAGAUUAUGAAAAAUGCCUCUUCUACCUACAAAAGCCUGAGCAAAUCCUUGACACUGUGACUGUCCAGCCACCACCAAUGGUGCCAAAGAAAUCACUGCAGCGUUAGAACUAUGGAGCCUAUGGAAAAGGCUAGCACCCAGUGACAGCGCUGACUGGAGGGGCCAAAUCGAUGGCUAAGGAUACUGGAGGAAGAUGCCCACCAUUGGCAAAACUAGAGAUGGCCCAGAAACAACUUGAAUCCAAACCCCUUCAGACUGAGAAGGUUGAAUUGUGAGUCCUCGAUCUGAACCUACUCUGUGGGGUACGGUCCCUGGCUGGACUCAUUUGUGCCCAGAUUAGCUGCUGUUGCCGAUGGCCUGUUGGAACCCCCUGGAUAUCAUCCCGGUUGAUCAGACUCCUUGAGGGGGAAUCCUUCCUAGUUUGAUCACUUUAUUUAUUGGCUGCUGCUUCUUAGAGAGAGAAAUAACCUAAAGUAGUGUGUAAAUAGGAUGAAUAAAACCCAUCAGCCCAA